GAGACUGUCAACUGUGUGACCUCGAGGUGCGAAAAGUCUGUUAUUUUGCAGCUGCUGGCAACAAAUCGCUUGGUUUUUCUAUGAUUCGUGCGUUUCUGCGCGUCUGAACUUAUUAGGUCUCUUAGUUGGAAAACAAAAGCACAGUCGAUAUGUCGGACAGUGCGGAAAAUGCCCCUCAGGAAGAUGUUUCCAGUCCCGAAGAGGCCGACACCAAAGAGUUUGUUCAGCCUUCUCAACAGGAGAUUGAAAAGAUCGAGGAGGCAAAGUUUAAGGCCCGCUACCCUAAAUCGAUCCAGCCGAUGAGCGGGCACUCGGCUUUUUUGCAAAAGCGGCUUGCGAAAGGGCAAAAGUUCUUUGAUUCUGGAGACUAUCAAAUGGCCAAGCAAAAAGGCUCUCUGCCGACAGCAGCUAAGACCAGGGUGACCCCCGCGAUGCAGCCAUUUGCAACAGGAGAGGCAAUCCCAACGCCUGAGACCGUGCCUGUCCGAAAGACAUCCAUAAUUCAGCAGCCAAAGUUGAACUUCAACAACGCCCCUGGUACCAACUAAAGACCUUAUCAGUGACUUUCUCUGCUUUCGCUUCAUGGCAGACUCUGUGGCCUCAAGGCCGUAAAUUUUCCAACAUUGGCUUUGUUUGCUCUAAAUGGUUAAUUCAAAUUACCGGUGGCUCUGCUCAGACCGAAAUCGACUUGCUUGAGAUUUGCUUUCCACGGUUAUUAUCUGUCAAGAAAGAUUUAUCAAUCAAUUUACAAGGCACAAAAACCGAUAUCGUGUAAGUUCCAGUUACUUAUUUCCUUCCGCUGUUUGAUCUGUGUAAAUAACUACAAUGAUUUUGCUAGGUUUAGUAUGUUCUUAAGUAAAGGUGUUAAAAGAUUAAUUUGAAUAUAUAAAAACACACAUUCAAUCACUAUUCUCUGAUAGUUGUAUGCAUGGUCCAAAUUUAGAUCUCUGAUAUCAGUCGCAUUAUAUUGAGAAAAAAAUUGGUCAGUGAAUUAACAAGUUUAUUUGGUGCUUGAUUGAGCAUUUGGUGAUGUCUGAUGGUUUGGAAAUUAAAUCAACGCAAACAUGUUGACGUGAUAAAAUUGAAUGUGCGUUUGUUCUCCACACUUAUUGUUAGAUCCAGUCUUCAGACUGGUCAACAUAAAAUAUUAAAAUGUUAGUUCUAGCAAGUAAGCUUGUAAUUGACGAGUUUCAGCAUUUCGCUUCUAUCCACAAAGUCACAGAAAAUGCUCAUUUUGGCUUUCACACAUGGAUACAGCAGCUGCCAGUUUUUGUAUUCACUGUCCGUAAAAAUAAUGGAAUUCUUAAGAUGAAACAACACUGUACAAAAAUAUUUUCUAAUUAAAUUUGAAUUGUGCCAAUAAAAAGAAUGUAUCAUAAA